AGUGAGAAGCCAAUUGAGGCUUGAUUUCAGGAAGAUUCUUUCUCACCCAUAGAGAGGAAGGAAGAGAGUCCUCUUUACACAAUCUUCAGACAAAGGCUGGUCGACCCCCUCUCAAGUACACUGGAGGAGAGUGUGCAUUUUCCAGGUGCAGACUGUGGUAGGGGGGGGACUCUGAUCCAACUGCGAUUCUAUGAUUCUAUGAAAAAACAACCACCUCAACAUCCGCCAAAAGGGGCUUUCCCUUGUGAAGGAGGAAGGGUUUGGGCGGCGUGAGCUCUCGGUGCAGGCAGAGGCUGUGGAACAGAGGCAGGCUGGAAGAUGACUGGCUGGCAUCGGUAUCCGUGGAGGCCCGUGACGCUCCUCUGCCUCCUUGCUGCCCAGCUGCAUCUGGCCUCUCUGCACCAGUGUGGCAGGUUCUCCUACAGCUCAGCUGGCAAGUGCUGCCAGUAUUGUAAACCUGGUUUUGAGAUGGCAAGUCGCUGUAAUGACAAAGAAGACACCCAGUGCAAACCAUGUGCCAAGAAGCUCUUCAAUGAGGGCUUCAGCUAUGACUUCUGCCAGCCCUGCAGUCAGUGCAACAUCGGAAGCGGGAGCCAGAUCCUCAAGAAUUGCACAGCGUCCAGUGACACCGUGUGUCAAUGCACCCCAGGGACCCAGCCUGUGGAAACCUUCAAGUGGGGCGUGGAAUGCACCCGGUGUCCCCCAGGACACUUUUCCCUAGGAGAAAACACCUUGUGUAAACCGUGGACCAACUGCACGGCCAUAGGCAAACGUACCCUGCGGGCUGGUAGCAGCAGGGCCGAUGCUGACUGUGAGGAUGCCAGGACGCCAGGGCCACCCCGAAGCCCUCCAACGUCUGCUCGGACCACAACCAACAGCUUCUCCAUAGUGCACUGGAGGGUCACCACACAGAGCCUAGGAGUGCUGAGCACCCUACAGCCCCACCCUGACAAAUCCUGGUCCCUGCUCUCCAUCAUAUUCCUGGUGCUACUUCUGCUCUUGGUGUUUGGCUUGGUUAUGCUGGUUCUUGGUAUCUACUUGCCCAAGAGAGACAAGAGGCAGCUACCUGCAAUAUGGAAGCCCCCAGGAACACACAGUUUCCGGAUGCCCAUCCAAGAGGAACACCAGUCCAGCCUAGCCAAGGUCUGAGGUCAUGGAGACCACAGAUGGAGACCAUCCUUCCCUCCUUCCCUCCUUCCCCUUGGCUUGGCUGGACCUGCUGUGGGAAGGUUGAGGGCCUUAAGGGGCUCUCUUCACCCUGCUUUUUCCCCUGCCCCACCCCCAGGUCCAAGUUACUCUUCUAGCAGCCCAAACUCCUAGAUCCCAUGGGGGUUAUUAGGGUUUCCUCUGAACCUCUUUCUGAAGGCAACCACUGGUGUCCAUUCUAUCGAGAAGCUCAUCUGAGUUCUAGGGCACUUGCAUUUCACAGAAAGUAUAUAGGCUUAGCCAAUACAAACCCCUGGGAUCUAAGAGCUUGGAGGAAGCUCCAGGACCAUCUUGCCCAAUCCACACCCAGAGAAGUCCCAACUCUGACAUACCCAACAAGUGGCCAUCUGGCCCUCGCUUGAAAGCCAGGCCUAGCUCGCAUUGGCUGAUAGUUCUUCCCCCCAGUGGAAGGGGCACUCAGUCUGGGGCAGGGUCCAGGCUCUCCCACUUACACUGUGUGGCCCUAGGCAAGUCCCUUGGGCUUUCUAGCCUUCAGCUUCCUCUUCCAUCUGCUCAGAUGACCUUGAAGGUGCCUUCCAGCUCUGUCUAGGCUCCUUGAGAUAAAUGUUUAACCAUUUUAGAAAAACACAGACACGGAAGAUUCUCAGGGACAGAAAUCUAGAUGAUCCAGGGCCUAAAGAAGGGCAGGUGGCCGGAGACCAUUCUGCCCCUUUUCAUCUUGCUGUACCCUUAGUUCUCCCACCGAAAUGAGGUCCAAUGCCACCAUGCCUGCUUCUGUCUUCUCCGGUCUGGGUAUAGAUUAAUUUCAUGGCCCCAUCCUCUCUGCUGACCUGGCAGCAACACGAGCUCCAAAUGGGUGCAUUUCUGGCCUCCCUUCCUCUCCCUCCUUCUGUUGCCAUGAUCCCCAAAGUCCUGGACUAAGCCCUGAUGCUGAUUCACAUCCCAUAAAAGAGCCUUCACACUCUUGUUCCUCUCUAUGGCCCUUCCCUCCUCCAAUUCGAAAAAAAUGAGAAAUUCCUGGUCAUUAUUCCCUGGGCAUUGCCCCACUUUCCAGACAUAGCACCCAUCCCCUUCCCUUGGACCUACCCCCCUGUAUCGAGUCUCUGACACUCUGUCUCGCAUCAGCGUCACUUCCCCUAUGGCUGGUCACUCUCCAGCCCUCCCUCCCUCUUCCCCAUUUCUAUACAUAACCCCCACUCGCUGGUAGCAGAGGGCUAAGCUGCUGGGGGUGGGGGAGGGCAACCAAAUGUCUGCCUUCAGUAUUCACCCCUAUGGGGUGUCCUGGACUGUGGCCUGAGCCUUGGGGGGCCUCUGGGCCCCCUUCCAGUGAUCUGAACUUACCCCCCUGAGGCUGAGCGGUGAAAGCUGGGAGCAGCUGUCAUGCAGUGUGCUGACUGUAGGGGCUGAGCCUCUUUAUGUGGUUUAUUGUAUAAACUCUUGGGCUGGUAAGCAGGCCUGGAAACUGGUAAGGGCUUGGGGCUGUUUGGUCAAUGGGGCUGGGGGAAAAAUUGGGUGAAGGGAGAGACAGAGACAGAGAGAGAGAAUG